GAGCCGGGCCCCGGGCCGCGCCGCCGCGCGCGGGACAGAUUGAUUCACUUUGGAGCUGUAAGUUCUGAUGUAUUAGGGUGCAGCGCUCAUUGUUCAUUGACGCAGAGCCCCAAAAUGAAUGUCCAAGAGCAGGGUUUCCCCUUGGACCUCGGAGCAAGUUUCACCGAAGAUGCCCCCCGGCCCCCAGUGCCUGGUGAGGAGGGAGAACUGGCCCCCGCAGACCCCAGGCCCGUCAGCCACGGCUUCUGCUCUGGGAAAAGUGCCAGCACUAAAGGGGGGACGUCGACAGCCACUCCGCGGCGCUCGGAUCUGGACCUGGGGUACGAGCCCGAGGGCAGCGCCUCGCCCACGCCGCCGUACCUGAAGUGGGCCGAGUCCCUGCACUCCUUGCUGGACGACCAAGAUGGGAUAAGCCUGUUCAGGGCUUUCCUGAAGCAGGAGGGCUGUGCCGACCUGCUGGACUUCUGGUUUGCCUGCAGUGGCUUCCGGAAGCUGGAGCCCUGCGACUCCAAUGAGGAGAAGAGGCUGAAGCUGGCGAGAGCUAUCUACCGAAAGUACAUCCUUGACAACAGCGGCAUCGUGUCCCGCCAGACCAAGCCGGCCACCAAGAGCUUCAUAAAGGACUGCAUCGUGAAGCAGCAGAUCGACCCCGCCAUGUUUGACCAGGCCCAGACAGAAAUCCAGUCCACCAUGGAGGAGAACACCUACCCCGCCUUCCUCAAGUCCGAUAUUUACUUGGAGUAUACGAGGACAGGCUCAGAGAGCCCGAAGGUCUGUAGUGACCAGAGCUCUGGGUCGGGGACGGGGAAGGGCGUGUCUGGAUACCUGCCCACUCUAAACGAGGACGAGGAGUGGAAGUGUGACCAAGACCUGGAGGAGGACGGAGGCAGAGACCCUGCUCCCCCCAGCAGGCUCACUCAGAAGCUGCUCCUGGAGACAGCGGCCCCGAGGGCCUCCUCCGGUAGACGGUACAGCGAAGGCAGAGACUUCAGGUGUGGAUCCUGGCGGGAGCCCCUCAACCCCUACGUCAACGCCGGCUACGCCCUGGCGCCGGCCACCAGCGCCAACGACAGCGAGCAGCAGAGCCUGUCCAGCGACGCCGACACCCUCUCCCUCACGGACAGCAGCGUGGACGGGAUCCCACCGUACAGGAUCCGCAAGCAGCACCGCAGGGAGGUGCAGGAGAGCGUGCAGGUCAACGGCAGGGUGCCUCUGCCUCACAUCCCUUGUUUGCAAGUGACCUUGAGCCGCCUGUGUCCCCCGCAGCGCACCUACCGUGUGCCCAAGGAGAUCCGUGUGGAGCCGCAGAAGUUCGCGGAAGAGCUGAUCCACCGGCUGGAGGCCGUGCAGCGCACGCGGGAGGCCGAGGAGAAGCUGGAGGAGCGGCUGAGGCGCGUGCGGAUGGAGGAGGAAGGCGACGAUGGCGACCUGUCUUCUGGCCCCCUGGGGGCGGGUCACAAGCUGCCUCCCGGCCCCGCCUGGCACCACUUCCCGCCCCGCUACGUGGACGUGGGGUGCGCUGGGCUGCGGGACGCGCACGAGGAGAACCCCGAGAGCAUCCUGGACGAGCAUGUGCAGCGGGUGCUCAGGACGCCGGGCUGCCAGUCGCCGGGGCCCGGCCACCACUCCCCCGACAGCGGGCCCGGGGCCAAGGCCGUGCUGGGGGUCUCCGGGCACAGCAAGCACCUGCCCAAGCCGGGGGCGAAGCCGGAUGCGGCCGGCCUGCACCACCACAGACACCUGCACCACCACGUGCACCACGGCGCGGCCCGGCCCAAGGAGCAGGUGGAGGCCGAGGCCACCCGCAGGGUCCAGGGCAGCUUCGCGUGGGGCCCGGAGCCGUACGGCCACGGAGCCAAGCCCCGCAGCUACUCGGAGGGCGUGGGCGCCGCCCCUGGCGCCGGCGACAGCCUGGCCCACGGUGGGAAGGCGGCUGUGCCCUCCAAACGGAGCGCCAAGAAGGCCGACUCGGGGAAGGGCGCCGGCGUGGAGGUGCCGGGGCCCUCGGAGGACGUGGAGAAGACGCAGAAGAUCAUGCAGUGGAUCAUCGAGGGGGAGAAGGAGAUCAGCAGGCACCGGAAGGCCGGCCACGGGUCUUCUGGGGCGAGGAAGCCACAGGCCCACGAGAGCUCCCGACCUGUGUCCCUUGAGCGCCCUGGGGCCGUGCACCCCUGGGCCGGCACUCAGCUCCGGGCCUCUGUGCAGCCCUCACACCUCUUCAUCCAAGACCCCACGAUGCCACCCCACCCAGCCCCCAACCCUCUGACCCAGCUGGAGGAGGCCCGCCGGCGUCUGGAAGAGGAAGAGAAGAAAGCCAGCAGGGUGCCCUCCAAGCAGAGGUAUGUGCAGGCCGUCAUGCAGCGGGGACGCGCCUGCGUCAGGCCAGCGUGCGCGCCGGUGCUGAGCGUGGUGCCAGCCGUGUCGGACAUGGAGCUCUCCGAGACCGAGACAAAGCCGCAGAGGAAGGCGGGCGGUGGCAGCGCCCAGGCCUGCGACAGCAUCGUGGUGGCCUACUACUUCUGCGGGGAGCCCAUCCCCUACCGCACACUGGUGAGGGGCCGUGCCGUCACCCUGGGCCAGUUCAAGGAGCUGCUGACCAAGAAGGGCAGCUACAGAUACUACUUCAAGAAAGUGAGCGACGAGUUCGACUGUGGAGUGGUGUUUGAGGAAGUCCGAGAAGACGAGGCCGUCCUGCCCGUCUUUGAGGAGAAGAUCAUCGGCAAGGUGGAGAAGGUGGACUGACCGCCAGCCUGGCCGCGAGGACACAUGGUCCCAGGGCGUCAGCACCAGGGACGCCCUGCGCUCGGCUGACAGGUGUGGCCCGCAGAGGCAGGGGAGGGCCGGCUGUGCCGCCCUCCUUGGUCUGCCUGGGUCUGGGGGGCCACCGCCCACAGCCACGCUCGGAGCCCGGCCCUGCCACCAGCCUCGGGGCCGACCCACUGGCACCCACGCUGCGGCACCCGCAUUCCCGCUGGGGUUCGCCUGCGGCAGUCUGGUCAGGCCCAGGCCCGAGCACAGGAGCCUCUGUCAAUUGUACAUGUCACCGAGUGCCUUGAACACAGCGUGUCUCUUACCUGCCACUGUGGGAACCCGCGACAGGGCGCCUGGCCUCAGCCUCAGCCACGCGGUCGGCGGUCCCGGUCCCCCUCCUGGGGCCGUGUAAAUAUGUACAUUUCUCAGGCCAGGGCAGCAGGGGGCUGCCCGCGCCCGUUUUUCACACGAUGACUUGUACAAUUAUGUUUUCGAAGGUACUUGGAUAAUAAUGAAAUAAAACAGUUUUUGAACCUGC